AUUGUUGUUUAAAGGUUAUGAAACAUGUUUGACAGCUCCACGUGCAUUGAAUCCUAAACGAAAAUAUAAAUAAAAAUUGUUUAAAAUGAGUUUUAAACAAACAAAAGAGUCUGUCGACGAAGGAGAUGUUGUGAUUUUAUAUUUCGGACCAACGAAUAUGCAUUCAAUUGAAGUUAAACGACAAAUAAAGAAUAAAAAAGGUGAACUUGUAGACAAUACAUUUCAAACAACUUAUGGGGCUUUGAAGGUAAUAGAUCUUGUUGGAAAAGAAUAUGGUUCAAAGGUACAAUUAACUAAAGGAUUUGGAUAUGUACUUCAACCGACACCUGAAUUAUGGACCUCGACACUUCCUCAUCGAACACAAAUUAUUUAUACCGCGGAUAUUAGUUUAAUCAUUCACUUAUUAGGUUUGAGUCCUGGAAGUAUUGUCAUUGAAUCAGGAACAGGAAGUGGAUCUCUUUCUCACGCUUUAAUUCGCACAAUUCGACCCAAUGGUCAUUUGUAUACAUUUGAUUUUCACGAGAAUCGUGUAAACGUUGCACGAGAUGAAUUUCAGGUUCAUGGACUUAAUGAAUUUGUUACUGUAGGACUUAGAGAUGUUUGUUCUGAAGGUUUUGGCGAUAAUUUAAAACACAAAGCUGAUGCAGUUUUUCUUGAUUUACCUCAUCCUUGGAAGACAAUUGACUUUGCUGUCGAAGCUUUAAAGGAAUCAGGUGGAAAACUCUGUUCGUUUUCUCCAUGCAUCGAACAAGUCCAAAGGACAUGUGAAAAAUUAGCUUCCACGGGAUUUGAAGAUAUAAAAACUUAUGAAAAUUUACAAACGGAGUUGCAAGUUCAUUAUAAAAGCAUUCCAAUUUUGGACUUAGAAAGUUUGAAAAAACCAGAGGAAGAAGAAACAAAUGGAGAACCAAUUAAAAAGAAGGGGAAAUUUAAGAUCAAACAAGACGAAAAUAAAAUAUUAACCGUUUCGGAACCAAGACAAUUGCCAGGUCACACGGGAUAUAUAACAAUUGCAACAUUACCUCCAGAAUUUGCAAGAUCUGUUAUUGUUGAAAGCUGACAGUUUUUUUUAGGAAAUUAAUUAAGUAAAAUAAAAAUUUACACAUAAUUUUCUACAAAUGAUAACCUAUAUUAUAAACAAUUUUUUUAUACAGUUAUACUUUUGAGAACAAUUAUAAAUUCUUAAAUACAUGUUAGUUUUGAAUAA